GUCCCGACGAGUCGUAUGUGUGGUUUUCCAAUUUGCUUACAGGCCGGAAGCUUUUACCGGGCAAUAUAGAAAUGCAACACACAAUGUGCGAGGCACCCAUAUUCCCCACCUACUCUGCGCCUGCUCUGUAACGACAUCGAAGCAUAUAUAGGUAGCUGAUCAAAACUAGCUUGUCUUGAAAAGUGUCUGUAUAGUACGUAGCAAUAACGGCAUUAGCUUAGCAUAGCAUCCGGUACAUUUUCCAGUAACACGCGGACCUAAAAUUAAAUGAACGUGUAUAUGACAGUCAUAUCGUGUGUCUUAAUCGACCAGCGUUAAAGUGGAAGUUUUUAUUUUGAAAAAAGAAAAGAAAUGCUCAACGGCGGUUUACCGGCACGUUUAUGUUAGCCUGCUAAUGCUAGCUAACUAGCAGUCUGGCUAUAAGGAAUACAAGUCAUCAGACUGACAGGCAGCAGCCAAGAUUUGGGGGAACUUGAAGCAAUGGAUGGCGACACGGAAGCCCCCUCUGGGCGAAUUCUUCUGGAACCGUACAAGUACUUGUUGCAAUUACCAGGAAAGCAGGUGAGGACAAAACUCUCCCAAGCAUUUAACCACUGGCUCAAUGUUCCAGAGGACAAACUACAGGUGAUCAUCCAGGUGACUGAGAUGCUGCACAACGCCAGCUUGCUCAUAGACGACAUCGAAGACAGCUCCAAGCUGCGGCGAGGCUUCCCUGUGGCCCACAGCAUCUAUGGCAUCCCCUCCGUUAUCAACUCAGCCAACUACGUCUACUUCCUGGGGUUGGAGAAGGUGCUGACCCUGGAGCACCCUGAGGCUGUCCGAGUGUUUACCCGGCAGCUGCUGGAGCUGCACCGUGGUCAGGGUCUGGACAUCCACUGGAGGGACACCUACACCUGUCCCACUGAGCAUGAGUACCGCAACAUGGUGCUACAGAAAACUGGAGGGCUCUUUGGUCUGGCUGUGGGUCUGAUGCAGCUCUUCUCAGAUUGGAAGCAGGACCUGAAACCCCUCCUGGACACACUGGGCCUCUUCUUCCAGAUCCGCGACGACUACGCCAACCUGAGCUCUCGUGAGUACAGCGAGAACAAGAGCUUCUGUGAGGACCUGACUGAGGGAAAGUUCUCUUUCCCCACCAUUCACGCCAUAUGGUCGCGUCCAGAGAGCACUCAGGUGCAGAACAUCCUGAGGCAGCGCACAGAGAACAUGGACAUCAAACGAUACUGUGUGGACUACCUGGAGAAGGUCGGCUCGUUUGCCUACACCCGUCAAACUCUGCGAGACCUGGAGGAGGAGGUCUACCGCCUCAUCGGGGAGUUUGGGGGAAACCCUCAACUGGAGAGCCUCGUCAAACACCUCAGCCAAAUGUAUCGUGAGGCUGAAGCCGCAGCAGAGUCCAGUACUGAGCCACACUCCAACCAAAACCACUGACCUCAUCCACCAUAACUCACAUACUAGCCCUGCACACUCCACUAGCACAGAAGCUUUGCUAAUACACUGAUGCAAAUAUUACCGAAAGCUCAACACACAUACUGGUAUGUUACAUUCACAAACUAUUCAAUGAGUUACAAUUCAUCAUUAAAACUUGAGAAUUCUGGUAGACAGCUCUGACUGCAUUCAGCAGCUAUGUACGAGCCAGCAAAGCAGCCCCAAAUGUUGCCUUUCUGUUUUGUGUGCUAAAUGGCAUUCUUCACGUAACAAAAUACACAUCACAAAUUUUUGUAUCCAAUUGUAGUUGUGCAGUCAGUGGAAUUUAUAAAAAAUAAAAAAAAAGUUAUCAUCUUAUGUUGGUUUGAUGUUAUAAACAACAAGAUGGCAAUACUCAAAAGCCUUCCUUUUGAUGUGCACUACAGUGCAUAUAAAUGUAUUUUUUAUUUUAGCCUCUAAAUGAAAAUUGUUUAGAGCAGAGUGAAUGCUGGGUGUGUUUUUUCUAAAGUCCUUGUUUAAAUAAGAUGUCUUGAGUGUAUGAUGUGUGAUUUGGGGAUCCUUAAUCAUUAAGCCGCCAGAGUGCCAAUCCUUUAGAAAAGACCUCUGCAACUCAAUUGUCUACUUGUUAUAUAACAUGCUGGCAUUGUAUGCAAAGUAGUGCUCAUGCUGUUUAUGCUCAGCUUUAAAUAAAAACAUUGUUGUUUUGGUU